AUGACCAAGUCCAUUAUUGACGAGCUUGCCUUCAUUUUCAUAGGAGGACCGACAUACUUGGCUGGAGCUAUGCACACAGUCUUGGCGGGGAGAUUUACUUAUGUAGGAAACACAGAAAGUUUGCGGAAAGAGUUGGCAACUUAUUACGACUUCUUCUCUGAUAAUUUAGUGCGCGAUACACCAAUCAUAUCCAUUCCAUAUGUUGAUGCUUUUGGCACAGGUCUGUUAACUUCCAUUACACUCCCAUGUUAUUACCAAGGAAAAUUCAUUGGUGUUGUUGGAACAGAUAUUAGCUUGGAAGAUCUGUUAUCGGAAAUCACAUAUUUUCAGCGAGGCCAAUCAAGCUACGCUUUCAUGGUCGACAGUUCUGGGAGGACCAUGAUGCAUCCUCUUCUACCAGCCCCUUCUGAUGCUUUUGGUGACCCUAUUUUCAUGGAUAUAACAGCUUUAGAACCAGAACCCGAAUUCACUUCAGUGUUCCUAUCAAUGAAAAGUGGUGAGUCCGGACAGAAGAUGUUUCCAUCAAAGCGUUUCCUGGCUCGUGGUGGACAGGUGGAGGAAGGAGUGACAGUUAUAACUUAUCCAUUAACCUACUACUGGAAACCAGUUCAACACACUAAUUUUACUGUUGCGAUUGUGGUCAAAGUUGGCGAUAAGGAUGAAACACUGGACACUCAGACUAUUCCUUCAGAUUUUGAAUUCCUGUACCAUCGCCUGGACUUGGUGAAGCCCGGUUCGCCAUUUGUUCACUUUUCAAGAUUUGCAGCAAAAGCCUUCGGUGCAGGAGUGGUGAUAACCGCUGCUCACACUCUCUACCGCGGUGAGACAAACAGUCAGCAUUCUACAAGCGAUAAGGUUAUUGGAGUCAUGGGCGCAGAUUUUCCUUUAUCAUACUUUCAAAAACUUCUGACAGAUACAUACCCAAAGUGCGAGGAGAGCGGCUAUGAUUGUUUUUUAUUGGAUAGAGCUGGUUUUUUAAUCAUGCACAAUGACUUCCUACAGCCAGACAUAACAGUUAAAUCACUGGAGAAUGUCCACAUCACCCAGAAAGAAAAAUAAAUCGCCGAGGAUCUGAUUCAAAAAGGUUAUCUUGUGAAGAAGGAAUGUCGAAAUUUGGAGAAUAUCGAGUUGCAGAGCUUUUACGAGCUAAAGCUGCCAUUUCAAGGAGUGAGCACUCUUGAGACUGGACAACGUUGCAAGAAGUAUCAGCUAUCAGAAGUAGGUGGAAGUGAUACAUUUUUGGGAAUCAUAUCACGAAACAGCUUGUGUUCAUCCAAGACUUGCAGCUGCUCCAGUAACAAAGAAUGUUCUAACGUGCAGGGAUUAACAUGCGAAUGCCCUUGCUCCUCACGACUUGAAUUUCAUUACUGUAGGAAUGAAUUCCCAGCGAGCAGUAUUUCCAUUUGUCCCGUGCCAGCUACUGUUCUUCCUUCUGAGCGAGUAAAUGAUCCUUCAGUGAUUGGCUUGGAGAAAUGUUUCGACCCACAAUGUGACAAGAAGACUAAUUCGGAGUCAUGUGACGGAAUAGUGGGCUGCUAUUGGUGUGUUAGAGAUAAGUUCGACACUCCUCUUUCCAAGAAAUAUUGCGAAGAUAUCAAUACCUGCUAUGGUGGCAAGCAAGGCACAAGAGCCCCAGGAAGCAAUGAUAUUCCAACCAACACCUUCAAUCUGGAAGAUAACAAUAAGGGUGGUCUCUCGACUGCGGAGUUUGUUGGUAUUCUUCUUGGGUCGUUAGUUGCUGUUUAUGCUCUCGUUAACAUCG